AUGCCGAAUCUUGAGGUGGAGACAACACUUUACAAUUUCAAGAUUUAUGACUUCCUCGCGGAUUCUUGGACCGUCCUCUUCUCUCAUCCCGGGAUUUCACAACCGUAUGCGACGAAGCUUGGUGCUAUGGUCAUGUACUUCGAGCGGAGAGGUAUGAAGCUCCUUGGUUUGUCUUGUGACGACAUACAGCCACACAAAGACCGGAUCAACGACAUGAAAGCCUUUACGCCUGGAAGCAAGGUGAAUUACCCGAUGAUAAUUGCUGACCGAAACAAAGAGAUCAUUCCUCAGCUUAACAUUGUUGAUCCAAUAUCUUAUCGUCGGUCCGAUAGUAAG